AUGAGUAAUGUAAUACUAGCAACAGCAUCAUAUGAUAGAACUAUUAAAUUUUGGAGCUAUUCAGACUAAAAAAUUAUACAUCAAUUUGAAUACUGCUCAUAAAAGCAGACAAGCUUUGUGAAUAAAAUAGAAGUUUCACAUGAUAAAUAAUAUUUGGGAACUGCAGGAAGUGCGACAAUAAAUCUAUAUGAUCUUAACGAUAAAUAUAAAUUAAAGCACGUUUACGAUGGAUAUAAAAGUAAUGUAACAUCAGUAGGAUUUAAAUAAAAUAAUGGAUGGAUUUAUGCGAGUUCUGAAGAUGGAAGUAUUAAAGUUCAUGAUUUAGCUAUGCAAGGAGUUUAAAAAACUUUUAAUAGUAAGGAACCAGUUAAUUAAGUUGUUUUACACCCUAAUGAAGUUGAGUUGAUUUCAGCUGACCAAGCAGGAAAUGUAAAGAUAUGGGAUUUAAGAAAAGAAUAAACCUAUGUUAAAAAGAUUGCUCUAUCACCAGAAAUAGGAAUUAGAUCUGUUUCAAUUUGUGCAAAUGCCUAGUUUUACUCUGCUGUAGACUCAUCUGGAUAAUUAUUUAUUUAAAAACUAUCAAAGAUAGAUGAUCCACAGAGCUUAUAAAAAAUAGAGAAAGCCCAUGAUGAUUACAUAUUAAAAUGCUAAAUAUCUCCACUAGCAACGAGUUUAGCUACUUGUAGUGCUGAUAAGACAAUUAAAAUUUGGGGAAUAAAUACUUCUUCUUAGAAAUUUGAAUUAAAGUAAACAUUAUAUGGACACACAAAGUGGGUGUGGGAUAUUUCUUAUGGCUGUGAUGGAGAAUUUUUAUUUUCUUGCUCAAGUGAUAAGUUUGCAAAGCUUUGGAAACUAGAUGAUGAAACUCAAUAAGUAUCUUGUAUAAAUUUCAAACAUGAUGGAAUAGUAAACUGUUUAGCUUUUAAUGAUAUUAAUAUUUGA